AUGGCUGGAGGAGGUGGUGGUGGAGGAGGUGAAGGUCCAAGACAACUAGAUCAGACCCCGACUUGGGCCGUUUCUACAGUUUGUGGUGUGAUCAUCUUGAUCUCCAUUAUUUUGGAACUCAUAAUUCACAAAGUGGGCGAGGUAUUCGAACGAAGGAAGAAGAAAGCUUUGUUUGAAGCUCUUGAGAAGAUAAAAAAUGAGCUUAUGGUAUUGGGAUUUAUUUCUCUGCUUCUAACGUUUGGUCAAAACUACAUUGCGAGCAUAUGUGUUCCAUCAAGCUACGGCCAUGCCAUGUCAUUUUGUGGUCCAUAUGAUGGACCUAGUGAUGAUAAUGAUAAAAAGCUCAAAAAAACGGAUCACGCAAUGCGUAUUCUCUCCGUUCAACGUCGUUCUUUGGCCGAUGCUCCACCAGUGAAUUGCAAGAAAGGAUAUGUCGCGCUUAUAUCGCUAAAUGCAUUACAUCAAGUGCAUAUAUUCAUAUUCUUCUUGGCCGUGUUUCAUGUGAUAUAUAGUGCUAUAACCAUGAUGCUUGGAAGGGCAAAGAUUCGUGGUUGGAAAGUAUGGGAGCAAGAGAUCAUCCAUGAACAAGAAAUGAUGAAUGAUCCAUCAAGAUUUAGACUCACACAUGAGACAUCAUUUGUCCGAGAACAUGUCAAUUCUUGGGCUAGCAAUAAAUUCUUUUUCUACGUUAUGUGUUUCUUCCGUCAAAUACUUAGAUCAGUGAGAAAGUCUGAUUACUUGACAAUGCGACAUGGAUUCAUAAGUGUUCAUCUGGCACCUGGUAUGAAGUUUGACUUUCAAAAGUACAUCAAAAGAUCGUUAGAAGACGACUUCAAGGUGGUUGUAGGAAUAAGACCCGAGCUAUGGGCCUUUGUAAUGUUCUUCUUACUCUUCGAUGUUCACGGAUGGUAUAUCACUGCUGUAAUCACCAUGAUUCCUCCUCUAUUAACACUAGCCAUAGGAACAAAGCUUCAAGCCAUUAUAUCGUACAUGGCACUAGAGAUUCAAGAGAGACAUGCAGUAAUUCAAGGGAUGCCAGUAGUUAAUGUCUCCGACCAACAUUUUUGGUUUGGCAAACCAGCUUUAGUCCUUCAUAUGAUCCACUUUGUUCUGUUUCAGAAUGCUUUUGAGAUUACUUACUUCAUUUGGAUUUGGUACGAGUUUGGGUUAAGGUCAUGUUUUCAUCACCAUUUUGGCCUUAUCAUCAUCCGUGUGUGUCUAGGGGUGGGAGUGCAAUUUCUAUGCAGCUAUAUCACAUUGCCUCUUUAUGCCCUUGUCACUCAAAUGGGAACUAUAAUGAAGCGAUCAGUAUUUGAUGAACAAACAUCAAAAGCAUUAGAACAAUGGCAUAAGAAGGCGAGGAAAAAGAAUGAAAAGUGA